CAUCGCCUUAAAGUCUCUGUCCAACACUCAAAAGCACCUUCCACAUAAGAAGUGUUCAGACUGCAGAAGAAGAAGAAAAGAAGAAGAAGAAGAUGCCGGUCACAGAGAAGGAUCUGGCUGAAGACGCUCCAUGGAAGAAGAUCCAACAAAACACCUUCACCCGCUGGACCAAUGAGCACCUGAAAUGCGUCAAUAAGCGCAUUGGUGACCUCCAGCUGGACCUGAGCGACGGCCUGAGGCUCAUCGCACUGCUGGAGGUCCUCAGCCACAAGAAGAUGUUCAGAAAGUAUCAUCCGAGGCCCAACUUCAGGCAGAUGAAGCUGGAGAAUGUGUCUCUGGCUCUGGAGUUUCUGGAGAAGGAGAAUAUAAAGCUGGUCUCCAUUGACUCUAAAGCCAUUGUGGAUGGAAACCUGAAACUGAUCCUGGGUCUGGUCUGGACUCUGAUCCUGCACUACUCCAUCUCCAUGCCAAUGUGGGAGGGCGAGGAUGAAGAGAUGGAAUCAAAGACACCUAAACAGCGUCUGCUGGGCUGGAUCCAACACAAAGUCCCUGAUCUGCCAAUCACCAACUUCAGCCAGGACUGGAGUAACGGCAGAGCACUGGGAGCACUGGUGGACAGCUGUGCACCAGGUCUGUGUCCAGACUGGGAGACCUGGGAUCCAGUGAAACCAGUGGAGAACGCCACUGAAGCCAUGCAGCUGGCUGACGACUGGCUGGGCAUCCCGCAGGUGAUAGCUCCAGAGGAGAUCAUUGAUCCCAGUGUGGACGAGCAGUCGGUGAUGACCUACCUGUCUCAGUUCCCAAAAUCCAAACUGAAACCCGGAGCUCCACUGAAACCCAAACUCAACCCCAAGAAGGCCCGCGCAUAUGGACCAGGUAUCGAACCAACAGGGAACAGGGUGCUGCGUCCUGCCGUGUUCACAGUGGACACAUUCAGCGCAGGUCACGGUCAGGUCACCGUCUACCUGGACCAACCUGACGGCACCAGAGAGGAGCUGAAGGCGGAGCUUAACGAGGGCAAGAAGACGUACAGUGUCACCUACAUUCCUCAAGUGAUGGGGCCUCAUAAAGUGACGGUGUUGUUUGCAGGCCAGCAGAUUCCCAAGAGUCCGUUUGAGGUGAGCGUGGAUAAAGCGUUGGGCGACGCCUCCAAGGUGACUGUCAAAGGCCCGGGACUUGAACCUGUGGGCAACAUCGCUAACAGACCCACCUACUUUGAAAUCUACACUGCAGGAGCCGGUACAGGAGACGUGACGGCCAUCAUCAAAGACCCACAGGGCCGUGACAACAGUGUGGAGGUGAUGAUGGAGGAUAAGGGCGACGCCACGUACCUCUGCACCUACAAGCCCACCCAGAGCGGCCCGCACACUAUCACUAUCACCUUCGGAGGAGUGGGGAUCCCCAAGAGCCCCUUCGUUGUCGAUGUGGGACCUGCCUGUGUGCCGGGGGCGUGCAGGGCGACCGGUCGUGGUCUGCAGCCGUCAGGGAUGAGGGUGAAACAGGUCGGUGACUUUAAGGUGGACACCAAGAAUGCCGGCAGUGGAGACCUGAAGGUGGUCGUCAAAGGACCCAAGGGCAUUGAGGAGCCGGUGAAGCAGAUUUCCAGUCAGGACAGCGUGUUCUCGUAUGAGUAUUACCCCCACAGUCCUGGCAAAUACACCGUGUCCAUCACCUGGGGGGGUCAGCACAUCCCAAAGAGUCCAUUCGAGGUGAAGGUGGGUUCGGAGGCGGGAACUCAGCAGAUCAGAGCCUGGGGUCCUGGCCUGGAGGGAGGCAUUGUGGGUAAACCUGCCGCCUUUGUAGUGGAGUCUGUCGGCUCUGAUGUCGGAGUGCUGGGUUUUGCCAUCGAGGGACCUUCUCAGGCUAAGAUCGAGUGCGAGGACCAGAACGACGGGUCAUGUGAUGUCCGUUACUGGCCGACGGAGCCCGGCGAGUACGCCGUACAUGUGACCUGCGACGAAGAAGACAUCGAACACAGUCCCUUCAUGGCCUGCAUCGUCCCCGACAACCAUGACAGCAACUCGGAAAAGGUCCAGGCUUACGGACCGGGUCUUGAGAAGACCGGCUGUCUGGUCAACCAACCCGCUGAGUUCACUGUCAGUGCAAAGGAUGCUGGGAACGGACCUCUGAAGAUCACGGCUCAGGACGCAGAGGGACUUCCUGUAGAGGUGAAGGCGAGGAGUAAAGGUAACGGGCUCUACUCCUGCUCCUACACGCCCAACUCGCCUCUCAAACACACUGUGGCCGUCGCCUGGGGAGGAGUCAGCAUCGCCAACAGCCCCUUCAGGGUGAAUGUCGGUAAAGGAAGCCACCCCAACAACGUGAAGGUGUUCGGACCUGGUGUGGAGAGAACCGGCCUGAAGGCCAACGAGCCCACACACUUUACCGUGGACUGUUCAGGAGCUGGAGAUGGUGACGUCAGCGUGGGCAUUAAGUGUGAGCCCAACAUGGCCAGUGACAAAGAGGCCGACGUGGACUUUGACAUCAUCCCCAACGCCAAUGAUACGUUCACAGUUAAAUACAUACCUCCUGCUGCUGGAAGACUCACCGUUAAAGUCCUGUUCACUGACAAGGAAGUGCCACAGAGCCCCUUCAACAUCAAAGUCGAACCUUCUCAUGAUGCAUCGAAGGUGAAAGCGGAUGGUCCUGGACUGGCUCGAAAUGGUGUAGAGAGCGGUAAGCCGACUCAUUUCACAGUGUUGACUAAAGGAGCCGGUAAAGCACCGUUGGAUGUCACCUUCUCCUCUCCGGUCAAAGACUUUGACAUCAUCGACAACUACGACUACUCUCAUACUGUCAAAUACACACCUGCACAACAGGGGGAGAUGACGAUAGUGGUGACGUUUGGAGGAGAUGCUAUCGCCAAGAGCCCCUUCACAGUCGGUGUCGCUGCUCCGCUGGACCUCGACAAAAUCACCGUUGACAACCUGGAAGGAAGAGUGGAAGUCAACCAGGAACAAGAGUUUGUGGUGAACACCAAGGGAGCAGGAGGUCAGGGGCAACUGGAGGUGUCAGUGCUGAAUCCCAGCCAGCGGGCGGUACCUUGUAAAGUGCAGCCUCAGCCCGGUAAAGCAGAUGUCAGUACGGUCCGUUACACGCCCACACAGGAGGGUGUGUACGCUGUCAAUGUGACCUAUGAUGGACACCCAGUCCCUGGGAGCCCCUUCCCUGUGGAGGCCCAGCUGCCUCCAGACCCCAGCAAGGUGAAGGCGUUCGGUCCAGGUUUGAAGGGAGGUUUGGUCGGCGACCCAGCAGAGUUCACCAUCGACACCAAAGGUGCCGGGACUGGAGGUCUGGGGCUGACGGUGGAGGGCCCGACCGAGGCCAAGAUCGAGUGUUCGGACAACGGCGACGGGACCUGCUCUGUCUCUUACCUGCCCACCGAGCCCGGAGACUACCUGGUUAACAUUCUGUUUGAGGAAGUCCACAUCCCCGGCUCACCGUUCAGAGCCGACAUCCAGAUGCCCUUUGACCCCUCCAAGGUGGUGGCGUCGGGGUCAGGCCUGAAGAAAGCCAAGGUUGGAGAGACCAGUGUAGUGAACGUGGACUGUUCUCGAGCUGGAUCGGGACAACUCACCCUGGAGGCUGCUCCAGACUCCUCGUCCAGUCCCACCGGUGUGAAAGCGAAGACGGAGGUGGUUGACAACAAAGACGGGACCUACACAGUGACCUACAUCCCCCUGACCGCUGGCAUGUACACCCUGCUGCUGAAGUACGGAGGCAAGACUGUCCCUGGUUUCCCCGCUAAAGUGAUGGUGGAUCCUGCCGUUGACACCUCGAAGGUCAAAGUGUUUGGACCUGGAGUGGAGGGACAAGCUGUUUUCAGAGAAGCCACCACUGCAUUCACGGUGGACGCCCGUCCUCUGAGCCGGCGAGGAGGAGACCACGUGAGGGCGGAGGUCAAGAACCCGUCUGGAGAGCUGACAGACUGUGUGAUUAACGACAAGGCUGAUGGGACCUACGAUGUGGAGUACACUCCAUUUGAGAAUGGCGUCCACAGCGUCCAGGUUAUGUACGACGACACACCGGUUCCCAAGAGCCCGUUCAAGGUUUCUGUGGCGGAGGGAUGUGACCCCAGCAGGGUGGUGGCAUCCGGCCCUGGGCUCGAAACAGCCUUAACCGACAAGCCCAACAACUUCAACAUCAUCACCAGAGGGGCUGGUAUUGGCGGUCUUGGCAUCACUGUGGAGGGUCCGUCAGAGUCAAAGAUGUCUUGCAAAGACAACAAAGAUGGAAGCUGCAGUGUGGAGUACAUUCCCUACACCCCCGGCCUCUAUGACGUCAACAUCACCUACGGAGGAGAGCACAUCCCAGGAAGUCCAUUCAAGGUCCCAGUGAAGGACAUAGUCGACUCCAGUAAGGUCAAGGUUUCUGGUCCAGGUGUGGGGUCAGGGGUCAGAGCCAAUAUCCCACAAUCCUUCACAGUGGACUGCAGGAAAGCAGGCGUUGCCCCGCUGGCUGUGGCUGUCACUGCUCCCAAAGGCAUGGCAGAGCCGGUGGAAGUUACGGACAAUGGGGACGGCACUCACACGGUGUCCUACACGCCGUCUGUGGAGGGACCGUACUCUGUGGCCGUCAAGUAUGCAGAGGAGGACAUCCCCCGCAGUCCCUUCAAGUUUCGGGUUCUGCCAACUCACGAUGCCAGUAAGGUGCGAGCCAGCGGCCCCGGGUUGACCAACGGCGUCCCCGCCAGCUUCCCUGUAGAGUUCAACAUCGAUGCCAAGGAUGCUGGCCAUGGCCAACUGAGCGUGCUCAUCACCGACCAGGACGGUAAACCUAAGCACCCUACUAUCCAUGACAACGGCGACGGUACAUACCGGGUGUCUUACAUCCCCGACCGGGCUGGCCGGUACACCAUCGUCAUAAAGUACGGCGGUGAUGACAUCCCUGCAUCACCUUACAGAGUCCGUGCCACAGCAACCGGAGACGCCAGCAAGUGCACCGUAACCGGUCCUGGUGUUGGCCCCACAGUGGCCAUUGGCGAGGAGCUGGGCCUGGUGGUGAACGCUAAGGCUGCUGGGAAGGGUAAGGUGAGCUGCAUCGUGGUUCAGCCCGACGGCAGCGAGGUGGAGGCCGAGGUGAUGGAGAACGAGGACGGCACCUUUGACAUCUUCUACACAGCACCGGCACCCGGAAACUACGUCAUCUACGUCCGCUUCGGAGGAGAAAACAUCCCACGUAGUCCCUUCAAAGUCAUGGCUACUGAUGAGGUACCAGUGAUGCAAGAGAAGUCUCUACAGCAACAAGCCGCUGCCCCCGUAGCUGGCUUCCAGCCCUGGGUGACAACAGACAACUACAACAGAGGCAACGGCGUCAAUGGAAGCGGCUUCAGACCGUUCGACAUGGUGAUACCCUUCUCCUUCAGGAAGGGAGAAAUCACCGGUGAGGUCCUGAUGCCUUCAGGUAAAUCAGCUCAGCCGCUGAUCACAGACAACCUGGAUGGGACGGUCACAGUGCAGUACUCGCCCACUGAGGCCGGCCUGCACGAGAUGCACAUCAAAUACAACGGCACACACAUCCCAGAGUCUCCCCUUCAGUUCUAUGUGAACCACACCAGUAGCCCCAACGUCACAGCUUACGGUCCUGGUCUGAGUUACGGAGUCGCCAAGAAGACGGCCACAUUCACCGUCUUCACAGAGGACGCCUCUGAAGGUGGUCUGGACUUGGCCAUCGAGGGUCCGUCCAAAGCGGAGAUCAGCUGUGUGGAUAACAAGGACGGGACGUGCAGCGUCAGUUACCUGCCUGUUCUGCCCGGAGAUUACAACAUCCUGGUCAAAUACAACGAUGAGCACAUCGCCGGCAGCCCCUUCACCGCCAAGAUCAUUGAGGACAAACAGCGGCGCUCUCAGGUCAAACUGGGCUCAGCAGCAGAUUUCUCUCUGGACAUUAAUGAGACGGAUCUGAGUGUGCUGACCGCCAGCAUCAAGGCCCCGUCCGGCCGUGACGAGCCAUGCCUGCUGAAGAGGCUGGCAAACAACCACAUUGGUAUCUCCUUCAUCCCCAGGGAGGUGGGUGAGCACCAUGUCAGCAUCCUAAAGAACGGGCGUCAUGUCGCCAACAGUCCCAUCACCAUCAUGGUCGUCCAGUCUGAGAUCGGCGACGCCAGCCGGGUCAAAGCUCACGGCGACGGCCUCGUCCAGGGCACCACCUUCAACAACGCCAGCUUUGUGGUCGACACACAGGAAGCAGGUUAUGGUGGACUGGCUCUGUCCAUCGAAGGUCCCAGUAAAGUGGACAUCCAGACAGAAGACCUGGAGGAUGGGACAUGUGGAGUCACCUACUGUCCCACCGAACCAGGAAACUACAUCGUCUCGAUACGCUUCGCUGAAGAACACAUCCCAGGAAGUCCAUUCACGGUGCGGGUGACAGGAGAGGGUCGUAUUCGGGAGAGCAUCACCCGACGACAGAAGGCAGCAUCUGUUGCCAGCGUGGGCAGCGUGUGUGACCUCAGCCUGAAGAUACCAGCAAUCGACAUUCAGGACGUCACUGCCGAGGUCACAUCCCCGUCUGGAGCCAGGCAGCCCGCCGAGCUGGUCGCCGCAGGCAACGACACCUACUGUGUGCGUUUUGUGCCCACAGAGAUGGGUGUGCACAGCGUGAGUGUGAAAUACAGGGGUGUGCACGUACCAGGCAGCCCCUUCCAGUUCACUGUGGGGCCGCUGGGAGAGGGAGGGGCCGCCAAGGUGAAAGCAGGAGGUCCGGGACUGGAGGGAGCACUGGCAGGAGAGCCAGCUGAGUUCAGUAUCUGGACCAGAGAGGCUGGGGCCGGUGGUCUGUCCAUCGCCGUGGAGGGACCGAGCAGGGCGGAGAUCUCCUUUGAUGACCGCAAAGACGGAUCCUGUGGUGUCUCGUACAUCGCUCAGGAGCCUGGUGAUUAUGAGAUUUCAGUGAAGUUUAAUGAACAGCACAUACCCGACAGCCCCUACCUGGUUCCUGUCGUCGCCCCAGUGAACGACGCCCGCCGCCUCACUGUUACCGGCCUUCAGGAGUCUGGUCUGAAGGUGAAUCACCCAGCAUCCUUUGCAGUGCGUCUGAACGGAGCACAGGGCAAGAUGGAUGCCAAAGUCCACAGCCCCUCUGGAGCUCUGGAGGAGUGUGUCGUCACCGAGCUGGAAAAAGACAAGUACGCAAUCCGCUUCAUCCCCCGGGAGAACGGCAUCCACACCAUCGAUGUCAAGUUCAACGGCACUCACAUCCCAGGAAGUCCUUUCGAGGUCAGAGUCGGGGAACCGGGACAAAGCGGAGAUCCUGGUCUGGUCUCAGCGUAUGGAACUGGACUGGAGAGAGGCACGACAGGUAACCAGUCAGAGUUCAUCAUCAACAACACUAAGGCGGGCCCUGGAGCUUUGGCCGUGACAAUCGAGGGUCCAUCAAAGGUAAAGAUGGACUGCCAGGAGGUUCCAGAGGGUUACAAGGUGCUGUACACCCCCAUGGCGCCCGGGAACUACCUGAUCAGCAUCAAAUAUGGAGGCCCGAACCACAUCAACGGCAGCCCCUUCAAGGCCAAAGUCACAGGUCCUCGACUGGUGAAUGUAACCAACGCCAGCGAGACAUCAACCCUGACUGUGGAUCCAGCAAUGCGGGCGUCCAGCAGCAGCAGUUUCACCCAGAGUGCCAUGCCCAGGUUGACCGACUCUGAUGCCAGCAAGGUGCUGAGUCGGGGUCCCGGCCUCAGCAAGGCCUUCGUGGGCCAGAAGAGCAGCUUCUCUGUCGACUGCAGCAAGGCCGGUAAGAACAUGCUCUUGGUGGGUGUGUACGGUCCUCAGGUUCCCUGUGAGGAGGUUCUGGUCAAACACAUGGGCAACCUGCAGUACAACGUCAGCUACCUGCUGAAGGAGCGGGGCAACUACAUCCUGGUGGUCAAGUGGGGUGAAGACCACAUCCCUGGUUCCCCCUUCCAGGUCACCGUCCCAUAAUGAACUAAGAAAACCACUGUCACUCCUCCUCUACCAUUUUGCAUCCCUGUUUGAGUAAAAGGGGGGGCACAUUAGCUGGACUGUAAAUAACUGUCCAGUGAGUAAGUUGUUUAAAAAAAAAAAAAAAGCUUUAUUUGCUAGUUUUGCUUUCAGAUGUGUUCAGUUCAAAUGAGACGUUUUCUCUCCUGAUGCAAUUGAUUUACUUGUUGAGACCCUUCAAACAGUGAAAAAAAAGUGCAUUUAAAAAAAACAACAAAAAAACAAAAACAAGCCUUAAAAAGUUGAGGACACUUCUGUUACUUGGACACUUCUGCAAUGAAUCAGGGAGGCAAAAUGGUAAAAGCAGCAGUUAUAAUCUGGCCUGAAACUGGAGCUGCAAAGAAAAUAGAGAGAGACAUGAGCUGAUAGGAGAAGGGGAUAAAAAUCUGAUCUGUUUUUUGAUGCCCUGAAAUUAUAAAUUGACAAAUUUUGCACUUGACAAUAUUUUUUUUUUUUUGGACACUUGAUUGAUAAAUUAAAAGAUUGCUGGUUUUACACAAGAAGAAGUGAGUUAGUUAUAUAACGUCCCAGCACAUCAACUCAGUGUCUCUGCACGUUUCCAAAAAUGUUAAACUGGAUCUGGAGAAAGACUGGACCAAGACAAGUGGAGCCAAACCUUUUAAAAUGCGUUAAAAAUAAAUAAAUAAAUAAAUAACUGGAAUUAAAGAGCACCUUUCGUCACAUUACACAGUGCCAGGAACAAAAUGAGAACAAAAGGCCCAUUUUAACCUCCUAUGAGGUUUUGAACCAGGGAGCCAAAUGACCAGCUGAUGGUUUUGAAUCCUUUCACUUCAACAGGGAACCAGCCAAUAAUAACCAGACUUGUGCAGAACUUUUCCUAAGUCCAUCUAAAAUUAUGACGUGCUGUGAACAGAACAAAAUUUGCCAAACAUCUCAAUUUUUUUUUUUUAAAAAAAAGGAGAAAAAACUGGAGAUGGGAGACAGACUGGAGACAGGAAGGGGUCAAACUAUACGAGACUACUGAUGUUUAUUGUUGAUGAUUUUUUUUUUUGCUCUUGAACGUUAGCGCCCAGAAUCUCAUGAGUUGCACGUUGCCAUAACAAAUCAAUGACUGUUAAGCUGCCUUCACACUACUGUUUCCUGCACUGUACAACAGACUACUUAAUUACAAUACAUGCUGAGUUUAUUGCUGUUCUCUGUUGUUCCUUCAGCUGCAUUUUUACAUGAACACUUCCGACUUUUAACUUUGUGGCUCAGAUCUGAUCUGCUUCUUGUCUGCCUGGACGGAGUAGAAAUCUCUUUAUAAAGAUGCUGGAUGACCAGAUUUGAUAAUAUUAUUAUGAAUGAGAGUUUAUCUAUCAUGCUCAGUAUUGUAAUGUUAACAGUGCUCUUGGUAUUAAAUGUUAAAAUAAAACAUUGGAAAUCAGAUCUGAGCUGCAGUAUGAGGUCAGAUUUUUUGGUUUGUGUGUAAAUCCUACAGAAACCUCUUUAUGUCUCAUCUGGAUGUUGUUGCCUAAUCACUGCUAGUUUUGAUACUAAAGGGAGUAGAGGAUUUUGUACGGGGGGGAAAAAAAUUCUCAUUUUGUUAUUAGGGAAUGGGUGUUUUAAUGUGAAACUAAACUCUGAGAUUAUGUACAUUUGAUAAUUAAAAUCAACUGGAAAAAGAUAA